AUGAUCCUCAAUCUUCCUCUGCUUGUCGUUCUAUCGGGUGUUGGGGUCACCUGGGCUGCCUCGUCGUCCAAUUGCUUGUCGGGCUCCAGCUUCGACACAUGCUGUUCUGAUCGAGACGCUGUGGGCAAGGGCACCGUUGAUGAUGUUGUCAUGAACUAUGCCUGCGGAACAUAUGCUAAAUAUGAGACAGCAGGCUAUGGAACGGUGCAUAAGGGCGCCGCCAAUGCCAAAGAAUGCGCCGGGCUUUGUGCUCGUGACACUUCUUGCCAGGCCGGUUUCUGGUCUAAAGUGGGCUCCAAGUGCUACUUAUUGAAUGAUAGGAGCUACAAGACAUAUCACAACAAAGGCACAUUCUUGUUGUUCGAGAAAACCACCGAGGAUCCAGAACCUGUCAAUGAAUGCAAGGAUCAAGUCGAAUCCGCCACCUCCCAGUGCAAUGCUGAGAAGGAUAAGAUCAAACAACAGGGCGCACAGAUGUUGAAGAAGCUCCAGGAUGACAAGGACCAAGCUAUCAUCCAGGCCGGAUCCAAGUGCGAGGCUGAAAAAGAAGCCAUCCGCAAAGAGAAUGCCCAAAUGGCAGAGCAGGCCAGCAAGCAGUGUGAGGCUGACAAAGAUCAGCUUCGCCAGCACGCAGCGACCGCAGCAAGUCAAUACGAAAAGGAAAAAGCAGAUCUCCAGGCCCAGUUGGCCCAGUGCCAGGCAAACGUGCCCGCGCCAAAACCCGUCCCGGUUAUAGAUCCGAACUGCGAAGCGAAUAGCUGGGUGAGCAUGUGUUCUAGUUGCUCCCAAGAUACAUUUGUUAUCGACGGAAAGGAAUUCAAGAAAAAGUGUGGUGUUCGCACUGUUGGCGCUCGUGAGGAACAAUGGCUGUAUCGGGCCUCCCUCAUUGCGUGUAUGAAGGAGUGUGCAGGUAGGAAUGAUUGUCUGGGCGUCGGUUGGAGGGCCGCAGAAGGAGUCCACGGACACUGCCAUGCCCACAUAAGCAUAGGACGCGGUCUCAGGAACGUCCCUAACUGGAAUGAACAUCUUGUCUACAUGCCAGAGAGAGUGACUCCUUACUAA